UGUGAAGAGAAAGAGACAAAAGGGAGGCCACCCAUAUCUUCUUUUCCUUUCUUACUCCUCCUCAUCCAAACACCGCCAUGUUCUGCAAGAGAACCUCUUAACUCUGUUGAGAAAUCUGCAUUUAAUGCGUAUUGUUUCUUUCUCCUACAAAUACCCACCACAGCCACAGCCAACAACACAGCAACUACUACCUAUAUUAUAACUACCAUACCCUCUACCGGUUCUCUCUGAAACAACACACAAUUGCCUUUUUCCCUUUGCAGUUUAAUUUUGGUUAUGAACAUGUCCAUCGUAUCUUGUUUUCUUCUUUUCUUUCUGUGCAUUUCUUUGAAUGAUAAUGCAUGUAGCGCUCGGCUUCUUGGUGCAGAAAAGAAGUUCCUUCUCUCCAACAAGAAUAAUGGUGGUGAGAAGGUGAUCAAUCCAGAUAAGAUUUCAGUUACAGCAGAUGACCAGAAGGCUUCCUUUUCAAACAAACUCGAGGCGGCCAUGGGGGAUGGCAACAAGAUUGAGGAGAGUGCAAUUCAUGAAGCCACUCAAAAGAUCAAGGACGCAGGACAAAUUUCAGAUCAUGUUGUUCAAAAAGGGUCUCUGGGAUCAUUUUCUUGGACUGUGCCUCGCACGAAAAACAGCGAUAAACACCCGGGUUUCAACUUGGACUACGCACCACCAAAGAUUCACCCUCCUUCUCACAACUGAACAAUUAACCAAGUAUAAAGAGCUGCAGUUGAGCCUCAAGCUCCAAGGGCUCAAGUUACCAAGUAUUUUCUGCUGCUACCACAUGCGACAAAACUUACACCUUAGUUAUAACUCCAUAACAUAUAUGGGCUGUUGGAUUUUAUGUGUUUCCAAGCCUUUUUAUGUCCUAGUUACUGUACAUCAGAUAAUGUUUUUGAGUGAGAAAUAUAUCGACUUUCUCCAUUAUUAAUCAA